AUGAAGACGAAGAGUGGUAAAAUCGCAAGGAGGACGCGUCAACGGAAGGUCCCGGCGACCGGAAUUGACGACGACAGGCUGAGCUCACUGCCGGACGAAAUCAUCACCCACAUCCUCUCUUACCUGCAAACCAAGUACGCCGUCGUCACCGCAGUCCUGAGCCGACGGUGGAAGAAUCUAUGGACUAGGGUUUCCAGUCUCGAUUUCGACAACCGCUCGGUAUACAAGCCUCUGGACCGGAACGUCGCCUCACCCGCGCCGGCACCUGUUUCAGAGACUCUAAGGAAGCGAGACAUGGAAUUCCGCCGCUUCGUUGACCGGGUUCUCAGCCGGCACGAGAAUCUCGAUUCUCUGAGCCGCUUCCGCUUCCAUUUUUCAGCGGCGCCGCGAGACUGGAAAAUAAUGCCUGGUUUAGGGCUCAACCGCUUCCAUUUUUCAGCAGCGCCGCGAGAGUGGAAGGUAAUGCCUGAUUUUGCGUUUAACACGGAUUCUCUGGUUGAGGAAAUUGAUGUUAUGAUUUCUGGGGAAACGGAAUUCGAGCUUCCCCGGUCUAUGUUCUGCACUUCGAAGAAUCUGAAAGUGGUGAAGCUUGAAGGGGUUAUACUCAGUGCAGCAAAAGGGUCCUUUUCGCUUCCUGGACUAAAGAUUUUACAGCUUCGUGGAGUAGAAACUGAGGAUUGCGAGUCAUUAAGCAAUUUUGUUUCUGGUUCCCAUGUUCUAGAGACUGUUCAUCUGGAGAAUUGCUACUCCAGGAAUGAGGGACGUAUGCUCAUGCGUUCGUUACCAUCAUUGAAGAACCUCAAGAUCAUCUGUGGGUAUGCCGUCCUCGAGGAUCGUAAUCUUCGGGAGUUUCCAGGGUUGAUGUUUCUGGAUAGUGUACCAUUGCCAUGCCUUCAUUCAGCAUAUGUCGAUGUUGGCAGCUAUCGAAGCUCGGAUUAUUGCCUGAUAGGGCUCCUCACUGCAAUCUCCAAUGCAAAGAAGCUUCACUUAUCUGGGGAGACUCUUGUAAUCAACCUGUUUGUGCUUUUGUUUUUCCCCCCUAAUCUCCACUGUUUCCUUUCUCAUUGA